AUGGCGACGACCUCAGUCGCGAACGUCGUUGGUACGCAGACAAUUGCAGACGUGCCUGUGGAGCUAGGACAGUCCGUUCAUGUCAAUACAAAGAAACAAUUACAGCGUCAAAUCAAUUCCAUCGUAGGGUGGACGGAGUUGGAUCGUGCGCCAAUGAACGUGGCACAGACGAUGUUGCGCGGUAAUGAGCACCAGGUGGGCGAACACCCGUACUUUGUGUGUGAGAAAUCAGUGGGUAUUCGAUACUUGAUAUUACUAUUACAGGGUCGCUGUUACCUUAUUUCUCAGAAUUAUGAAUUUCGAGAGGUUGCGCUCUUCUGUCCUGUACGUCCUGAUCGACUACAACCUGGUGUAGACCGGAACACUGUAGUGCCACAUCAAUGGACUAUUCUAGAUGGACUUAUGGUGUGUGAUAAAGAUGGAAACAAAUCAGUGCUUACGCUACUAUUGUACGAUAUCCUGGCACUAAAUGGCAGUCCGGUCAUGACUUCUAAGCUCCAGGAUAGACUCAAGUUGAUUCAGAACGAUGUCGUAGGUCCACGUAAGCAGCUACCGCCGCCAAAAGGACACCCAACAGACAUGUUUCAGCUUGUGCUACAAUCAAUGUACCCCAUUAACCGUGUUGGACACGUGAUUCACAGUAUUCUGCCAAGAGUCGCUCAGACCAGACAGAAUGCAGGACUUGUGUUCACGCCAGUACUUCUGCCAUACACGCCAGGAUUUUCGAAAGGGCUGUUCCAUUGGACGCCGACGUCGUUGCUGUCUGCAGACUUUCAGCUGGGUGUGGAGUGGCGAGGACGUCCUCCAAAACCAGGAUUUAAAUUGGUGAUCCAUGACAAGCGCACACAGGUCUUUCAAGACUGGAUCACAUUCGCACCAGAUGACUUUGAGGCGUUCCGACAGGACAAAAAGGCGUCUUCUCGCAUUCUAGAGUGUGUGUAUGAUCCAGAAUGGCUCACGUACAUUCCUUCCCAUGACAAAAGUACAUGGGAUUCUGGUAGUCCAGAGUUUAGUGCUACUGAACGCGGUGUUGGAUGGAGAAAAGGUGGCUGGAAAUUUGUUCGAUGCCGUCCAGACUGCAGUAUGCCGUACGAGCGCAAUUUGCUUACAAUGAUUGAAAAAGCAGUUAGUGAGGAUAUAAAGCUUGAAGAGAUUGAGCGAUUUUUUCCAGAUGAGACAUCUAAAAAGCCUAUGUCGUCGCAACAAAAAAGUCGUCAUGAAGCCCCCUCGACAUCUGAUGAGUUGACUCCACCAAGUGUGUGUUACGAUUUUCAAAACAAGGGCGUAUGUCAACGCGGUCGAUUCUGUCAUUUUUCGCACUGUGCCUGCAAUUCUACGUGCUCGUGCACGCCGACCAAGAAUACUUACGGCCAAAGACCAUCGUAUCGAAGAAAUGACUACGAUGCCCCACCGUCUCCAGAAGGCACGCCUUUGUCGAUCAUUGAUGCUCCCACGGUACCAGACAAAUUACCUUUGUUGGGGCACACUGACUCCAUUGAGCGUGAUUCUACUUCGAAGAUCGAAGGCGGGACGGGUGAGGAAGAAGAAGCUGGUGAACUCUCAGACAAUAAUAACUUGCACCUCAACAGCAUAUACGCACCCCUUGAAAACUUUAGUAAGGAGACGAUUGCUGCAAAGCGUGCACAAUUGGCUGCUCUCGGCAAUCGCAGUAUUUGGGCAAGCCUCGGACUCGAAGAUAAACCGCAACGUGCGCGCGCUUGCGGACUAAUCGUAUCAAAGUCUGGGGAAGUGGUGUAUGUCCGUCCGUUGGAGAAGUAA